AUGAAAAAGUGUGAAUUACAGACUUCGCGUUUGCUUCACAUUGUCGUGUGGCACAAGGACUACCCGAAGAUCUACGCAUUGACGGAACUAAUGAUAAAACAGAAAGAGGGCCAAGAGCCACCUCCGUUCGACCUGCCGAACAAGUUGAACGAGGCAAGAACAAUUACCCCGCUGUUUCUGGCAGUGCAAAAACGCCUGGAAGAGGUGGUCGCUUACCUUAUCGCGUGCAAUGCCAAUCCUAACGUCAAGCGGAACAGCUUUGAGGAGGACACACCUCUGCACUUUGCCGCCUCACGAGGAAUGACCAAAAUCGUGAAAGCCCUGUGCUCUACUGAAAAAAUCGACCUGAACGUCAAAAAUAAAUUAGGUAUUGGCAAAGGGCCAGCGUCGUGUGUGUAUGAGCUUUACAUACGCGACUUGUGCCUGCCGUUUAUUUGUCUCUGUGAACUGACCCCUUAG